AUGGCAUAUGUCCCCAAAGUGGCCACUUACACAAGGGCUCCAGAGAUCAUCCUGGGCCUGCCAUUCUGCGAGGCCAUCGACAUGUGGUCCCUGGGCUGUGUGAUAGCUGAGCUCUUCCUGGGAUGGCCCCUCUACCCUGGAGCCUCGGAGUACGAUCAGAUCCGGUACAUCUCCCAGACACAGGGUCUGCCGGCAGAGUAUCUGUUGAGUGCAGGGACAAAGACCACCAGGUUCUUCAACAGAGACCCCGACUCCACCUAUCCUCUCUGGAGACUUAAGACUCAAGAGGACCAUGAGGGCGAAACGGGGAUCAAGUCCAAGGAGGCUCGAAAGUACAUCUUCAACUGUUUGGACGAUAUGGCGCAGGUAUGCUGUUAA